UGCCCUGCCACCUUCGGAAGCCGCUUCCAAAGGCGUUCGCCAUUGGCUCUGGCGACCCCCGUGCGUUGGGAGGUGUAGCGGGGCUCUGAACGCGCGGAGGACCGUUGAGUGUCGCAGGCGGCGAAGGUGCGAGGAGCAGACCCAGGCAUCGCGCGCCGAGAAGGCCGGGUGUCCCCGCACCGAAGGUCCGGAAAGGCGACUUCCGGGGGCUUCGGCACCUGGCGGACCCUCUCGGAGCGCCGGCACCUGAACGCGAGGCGCUCCAGUGCGCGUGCGCGGCGAGGGGCUUCCCGCACCUGAUCGCGAGACCCCAACGGCUGGAGGCUUGUGGCGUCGCCUGCGCGUCUCGGCGGAGCGGGCAAUGGCGCAGCUGUGCGGGCUGAGGCGGGGCCGGGCGCUUCUCGCCCUGCUGGGAUCGCUGCUCCUCUCUGGGGUCCUGGCGGCCGACCGAGAACGCAGCAUCCACGACUUUUGUCUAGUGUCGAAGGUGGUGGGCAGAUGCCGGGCCUCCAUGCCUAGGUGGUGGUACAAUGUCACUGACGGAUCCUGCCAGCUGUUUGUGUAUGGGGGCUGUGAUGGAAACAGCAAUAAUUACAUGAGCAAGGAGGAGUGCCUCAAGAAAUGUGCCGCUGUUACAGAGAAUGCCACAGGUGACCUGGCCACCAGCAGGAAUGCAGCAGAUUCCUCUGUCCCAAGUGUUCCCAGAAGGCAGGAUUCUGAUGACCACUCCAGCGAUAUGUUCAACUAUGAAGAAUACUGUGCCGCCAAGGCGGUCACUGGACCUUGCCGUGCGUCCUUCCCACGCUGGUACUUUGACGUGGAGAGGAACUCCUGCAAUAACUUCAUCUAUGGAGGCUGCCGGGGCAAUAAGAACAGCUACCGCUCUGAGGAGGCCUGCAUGCUCCGCUGCUUCCGCCAGCAGGAGAAUCCUUCCCUGCCCCUUGGCUCAAAGGUGGUGGUUCUGGCGGGGCUGUUCGUGAUGGUGUUGAUCCUCUUCCUGGGAGCCUCCAUGGUCUACCUGAUCCGGGUGGCACGGAGGAACCAGGAGCGUGCCCUGCGCACUGUCUGGAGCUCCGGAGACGACAAGGAGCAGCUGGUGAAGAACACAUAUGUCCUGUGACCGCCCUGUCACCAAGAGGACUGGGGAAGGAAGGGGAGACUAUGUGCGUGCUUUUUUUAAAUAGAGCGAUUGACUUGGAUUUGUGCGAUCAUUAGGGCUGAGGUCUGUUUCUCUGGGAGGUAGGACGGCUGCUUUCUGGUCUGGCAGGGGUGGAUUUGCUUCGGAUAUUCUCUAGGAGGCUCCUCCUUGCAUGGCCGGUGGUCUGGCAGCAGCCCCGAGUUGUUUCCUCGCUGAUAGAUUUCUUCCCUCCAGGUAGAGUUUUCUUUGCUUAUAUUGAAUUCCAUUGCCUGUUUUCUCAUCACAAAAGUGAUGUUAGAACCAUUUCUUUUGUUUGUCUGAUUUAUGGGUUUUUUAAGUAUAAACGAAUGUUUUUUAUUAGCAUUCUGAAAGAAGGAAAGUAAAAUGUACAAGUUUAAUAAAAGGGGAUCUUCCCCUUUAAAAUAAAUUUCAGCAUGUACUUUC